AUGAAUUUACUCCACAAAAAGAAAACUUCAGCGGAAGCAUUCUCAACUAAAGUUGGGAUUAUCCAUGAAACUCACCUUCCUUCUGCCACUUCGGAGAUUGAAAUGAGAAAAUUGUUGAAUCGAUUCUCCUCGAACUCUCCGUAUGAACUCUUGGAGCUAAAGGUCAGCAAGCAGAAAGUCAUACUACGAAAGGAAAACAAAAAGAUCCUCUCUUUUAAGCUAAAGGAGUUGGCGAAGGACAAUCUCAUUUCUCAAUCUGACUGUCUUAUCAUGGUCGUUAAACACCGUUUACUAAUUGUUCGUUUUCUCAACUCUUUAGAUUUGGAGAAGUUUAGAAGACGUGUAAAUGGUUUUGAAACUAGGAAAGAAGGCGACCAACGAAUGCAAUCAAAUGAUUCACCACAGUUUGCCAUAAGUGAGAACCCAUUGAGUGAAAGAUCCGUGGAACAAGUUUGCUCUACUCAGGCUGGGGAAAAAUCACCACCUUAUAAAAAUCCUGAUUCACCAAGAAGGCAGAAAUCUUUAUCCCGUUUCCAUACUCCGGAACGUUCUACUGGACCUCGCUCUUUAACUCCAGACGUGUAUCUAGUGAAACGCACAACUAAGCAUAGAGAUGGGCGCAGAAAAUCGGAAUACAGUCGAAUUACCGUCUAUAAUGUUGAUCAUGAUAACUUCGACGAUGCCUCAUCAACACAUUCCAGCUUACCGCCGGUGUAA